ACAGAGCUCAGAGCUCUCUCUGUCCAUGCUCCAAUAAGCUGAUCAUAAUUUAUCACUGAGUGAGGUCAUGGAUCAGCCGCCUAUUCGAGGUUAGUCUGGGGGGAGUUUGAACUGGGAGGGGAACUGGUCCAACUGGAAGAAGACUAAGACACUGUUGUCCACUCUUAUCUGUGAUAGAUCAUAAACACAAAUGACUUUGAAUCCUAUCAGUAGGUUGAUCAUCUUUAAGAUUCCUGCUCUACAGGAUGCUACGUGUUAGACUGUGGGCAUUGGGGAUCGAACCCAGAACCUCCCAGCCUGGAGUCAAGCGUCAGGUUGACGUUAAGAAUGACUUUUCUUCUUGUUCCUUCUUGCGGCCAUUUAUGGUCCUGCCCUCCUUGAGAAUGAGAGGGUCUAUGAAUCUGCGUCUAGGAGAGACCACCCUGCCUCUGGUCCAAAGUUAACAGAGACAACAGCCCCCUGUGAGCGGAAUACACAGCUCAUAUAAAAGCAGAGUCUGGGAGGAGUAUCAACUGGGAGGGGAAGUGGUCCAACUGGUUGGACAUCAUUUCCUUGAUAUGAGUCAGACGGUUUGCUGUGGCUCACUUCAUCCUAGCAGGAAGACGACUAAGGUCUCCAGUCUACUAUGGAUGAGGAGAGAGAGGAGGGGGGUCCUACCUCUAAGACCACUCUGUCUGGGGAACAUGGCCGCCAGAGCAAAGCUAAGAGCCCAGAGCAGCAGCAGAGAGCAGACUCCCCUGGACCCAGCUGUGUCUCCAUGAAGAGUGGCUGGUCUAUGGAUCAUCCUGACCAGUUCAAAGAUGGAAAUCAGUCUAUUGAGAAGAGCCCAGAGCAGCAGCAGAGAGCAGACUCCCCUGGACCCAGCUGUGUCUCCUUGAAGAGUGACGACUCUAUCAGACUUCCUGUUAACUUUAAAGAUGGAAAUCAGUCUAUUGAGAAGAGAAGAGUCCAGCAGCAGAGAGCAGACUCCCCUGGACCCAGCUGUGUCUCCAUGAAGAGUGACCUAUCUAUGGGUAUACCAUGGGACUUUAAAGAUGGACGCUCCUCCAGAGAGGAGAGACACCAGGAGAGGUCAAAGGUUACCAGUGCUCAGUCUCUACAGCAGCAUCAAACAGAGCUGAUCAAGAGGGCUGAGGAGAACGCACACGCUUUCCUAGACAUGGAGCUGAAGAAGCUCUGGAGGGUUCUCUUCUCAGAUUACCCACAAUGCUCAGAGGGUCAGAGAGUGGAGGAGGAGGAGGUGGAUGGUAAGAAGGAGGGGCAGAGGAGGCGCGCCAUAGAGGGAGUGGUGGACAUCACAAAGCUCUGCCUGAUGGAGAUGAACCAGGAGGGACUGGCCGACACACUGUGGGGCGGAUCUGCUGCUGUCGAUUGCCAACAUAAAAUUAAGUAUAAUUUGAAGAAGAAGUUCAGGUGUGUGUUUGAGGGAAUCGCUAAAGCAGGACAGCGAACAGAUCUGAACGACUUCUACACAGAGAUCUUCAUCACAGAGAGAGGCAGUGGAGAGGUCAACAAGGAACAUGAGGUCAGACUGAUUGAAACCGCUUCCAGGAAACCAGCCAAGGAAGAAACACCAAUCAGAUGUGAGGACAUCUUUAAACCCUUACCUGGACACGAUCAACCAAUCAGGACGAUAAUGACAACUGGAGUGGCUGGCAUUGGUAAAACCGUCUUAACACACAAGUUCACUCUGGACUGGGCUGAGGGCAAAACCAACCAGGACAUACACUUCACAUUUCUCCUCACUUUCAGAGAGCUGAAUUUACUGAAAGGGAAAGAUUUUAGCUUGGUGGAACUUCUUCAUCACCUCUUUAUUGAGACCAAAGAAGCAGGAAUCUGCAGAUUUGACCGGUUCCAAGUUGUCUUCAUCUUGGAUGGUCUGGAUGAGUGUCGACUUCCUCUGGACUUCCAGAGAAACCCGAUCUGGACUGAUGUCACAAAGUCCACCUCGGUGGACGUGCUGCUGACCAACCUUAUCAGGGGCAACCUGCUUCCCUCCGCUCGCAUCUGGAUAACCACACGCCCUGCGGCAGCCAAUCAGAUCCCUGCUGAGUGUGUUGACAUGGUGACAGAGGUGAGGGGGUUCAACGACCAACAGAAGGAGGAGUACUUCAGGAAGAGAUUCACAGAGGAGAAGCUGGCCAACACAAUCAUCUCCCACGUCAAGAAAUCACGAAGCCUCCACAUCAUGUGUCACAUCCCAGUCUUCUGUUGGAUCACUGCUUCAGUUCUGGAGGACAUCUUCAAAAAAUCCCAGAUCGAAGAGAUGCCCAAGACCGUGACUCAGAUGUACAGCCACUUCCUGAGGGUUCAGUCCAUACAGGGGGACAGGAAGUACCAUGGGAGAUCUGAAAUAGAUCCACACUGGAGUUCAGAGAACAGAAAGAUCAUUGUUUCUCUGGGAAAAGUGGCUUUUAACCAGCUGGAGAGUGGCAACCUGAUCUUCUACGAGGCAGAUAUGGCAGAGUGUGACAUCGAUAUCAGAGCAGCCUCAGUGUACUCAGGAGUGUUCACCCAGAUCUUUAAAGAGGAGUGUGGGCUGUACCAGGACAAGGUGUUCUGCUUUGUCCAUCUGAGCAUCCAGGAGUUCCUGGCUGCCCUUUAUGUCUUCUGGUCCUUUAUCAACACUGGGGUCAAUCUGCUCUCAACCUCAAGGAAAGAUAAACUCCUCCUCUACCAGAGUGCUGUGGACAAGGCCUUACAGAGUGAGAACGGACACCUGGACUUGUUCCUCCGCUUCCUCCUGGGCCUCUCUCUGGAGACCAAUCAGAUUGUCCUACGAGGUCUGCUGGGACAGAAAAAAAGAUCACUGACCACUCAGAUUAAAACAGGUCUGCUGCGAAUGACAGGAAGUAGGUCACCGACCAAUGAGGGAACAGUGUCACAGAUCAACGAGGGAACAGUGUCUUACAUCAAGUUGAAGAUAGAAGAAGAUCUAUCUCCAGAGAGAAGCAUCAAUCUGUUCCACUGUCUGAAUGAGCUGAACGACUGUUCUCUAGUGAAGGAGAUCCAACAGUACCUGACAUCAGGAAGUCUCUCUGGAGAAUCUCUCUCCCCUGCUCAGUGGUCAGCUCUGGUCUUCAUCCUACUGACAUCAGAAGAGGAGCUGGACGUGUUUGACCUGAAGAAAUACUCUGCUUCAGAAGAUGGUCUUCUGAGGCUGCUGCCAGUGGUCAAAGCCUCCAAAACAUCUCUGCUGAAUGAAUGCCAUCUGUCAGAGAGAUGCUGUGAAGCUCUGGCCUCAGUUCUCAGCUCCAACUCCUCUAGACUGAGAGAGCUGGACCUGAGUACCAAUGAUCUGCAGGAUUCAGGAGUGAAGCUGCUCUCUGCUGGACUGGGGAGUCCACACUGUACACUGGAAACCCUCAGGCUGAAUGGCUGUCAUCUGUCAGAGAGAUGCUGUGAAGCUCUGGCCUCAGUUCUCAGCUCCAACUCCUCUAGUCUGAGAGAGCUGGACCUGAGUACCAAUGAUCUGCAGGAUUCAGGAGUGAAGCUGCUCUCUGCUGGACUGGGGAUUCCCCACUGUACACUGGAAACCCUCAGGCUGAAUGGCUGCCAUCUGUCAGAGAGAUGCUGUGAAGCUCUGGCCUCAGUUCUCAGCUCCAACUCCUCUAGUCUGAGAGAGCUGGACCUGAGUACCAAUGAUCUGCAGGAUUCAGGAGUGAAGCUGCUCUCUGCUGGACUGGGGAGUCCACACUGUACACUGGAAACUCUCAGCUUGUCUGGCUGCCUGGUCACACAGGAAGGCUGUGCUUCUCUGGCCUCAGCUCUGAGCUCCAACCCCUCCCAUCUGAGAGAGCUGGACCUGAGCUACAAUCACCCAGGAGACUCUGGAGCUGCGCUGCUCUCUGCUGGACUGGAGGAUCCACGCUGGAGACUGGACACUCUCAGUGUGGAGCACGGUGGAGUGUGGAGGCUGAAACCAGCUCCACAGAGAUAUGCCUGUGACCUCACACUGGACCCCAACACGGCCCACAGAGAACUCUCUCUGUCUGAGGACAACAGGAAGGUGACGCGGGUUGGAGAGGGCCAGUCGUAUCCGGAUCACCCAGACAGAUUUGACUACUGGCGCCAGGUGUUGGGUAGAGAGGCUCUGACUGGCCGCUGUUACUGGGAGGUAGAGUGGGAAGGACGGGUUGAUAUAGGAGUGACAUACAGAGGAAUCACAAGGAGAGGAGGGUGUGGUGACAGCAGGCUUGGACUGAACAACAAGUCCUGGGGUCUUUAUUGUUCUGAUGUUCGUUACUCUGUCUGGUACAACGAUAUAGAGACAGCCCUCCCUCUCCCCCCCGCUGGCUCCACCAGAGUAGGAGUGUAUCUGGACCGGCCUGCUGGCUCUCUGUCCUUCUACAGAGUGUCCCCAGGUGGAGGAGGGUCCUCAGACACACUGACACACCUCCACACCUUCUGCUCCUCCUUCACCCAGGAGGACCUCCUCCCGGGGGUGGGGGUAUGGGGGUGGGGGCCGCCGGCGUGGCCGUCGACGGGCCAGACGCCGGAGGGCAGCGGAGGACGGGGUCCCCGAACGGCGCUCCAACGGCCCCCUACGACGGAUCAGGUGGGGGCCCCGAAGGAGGUGGUCCCCGACCACACCCCCAGGGCUCCUGCUGACUCUGGGGUCUGGCAGACGAGGGCCUUCGCUAAGGAUUCUGGGGGUUCUACUGUUCUGGGGGCGGCGCAGUGCCGCGGCCACACCGGAGACACCCGCAGGCCUUACCUCAGUCUGCACAUCGGUCUGACCGACAGGAGCCGCGGCCUGAGAGACCUACACCCCCGCCAAGUGGGCCUUCUCCCGCGGCCAGUCCUGCCCCUCAGCGACCGGCCACCAGGCCAGGGCCCCCGGCCGAGCCGUGGGGCCCGCACCCCCGCAUACACCGCCGCACGGCGGGGCACCGGGGACCUCCAGGGGCCCUGA